AUGGGGAUAGCUGUUACGAGUUAUUUAAUGCUGCUAGAGGUACUUAUGGGUCAGGGUUUCUUCGCUUGUCCUUGUGCUCAACUUCUGCCAAGUCCGUGCACCUGUCAGGCUGGUUUCAUGCCAUUUUGCACAUGUACAAGGACCAUUCUAAAGUACUCAUGCCCUUGCUCUACUCCACCUCCACCAUGCCGCGCUGCAUGUCAACGCACAUGCACGUCCAUGUGUGCUCGGAACGGUCUCGGCCCUAGGUGCCCUUCUUAUUGCGGUUUCAGCUGUCUACAGUCUUGUAUGCACCAGCAGGCAGUGCCGAUACAAAUCGUGAUGAAUAGAUUGGUCGCCCCAUUGGGCCAAUGCAUUCCUUUCUGCCGGAAAAAUUGCGAAAGAUCCUGCAUACCGAUGGUAUCGACUGCGACUUGUAUACCGCUUUGCAAGCAGCCAUGUGAACAGAAAUGUUCACAGUUCACUCCUACGGGAGUGAAAAAUUUUGAGAAAGUUGAACAGUCUAUUCAUGGUUUGAUAGCUCCAUCAGCGCUUCUGACCCAGUCAGCGUUGUUGCCUACCAUAUCUCAAAAAGAGCCGAACGGUAGCUCCACAUCAACUUCCUCACCAACAAUCACAACCUUCUCUUCACAGAGUACCCCACGUGAGCCAACGCUGAUUCCGAGCUCGGCAUUUGAAACCACAUCUCAGCCGCAAACAGCAGAAGAAGGAGGCGCAUAUGUGGACAUUCCUAUUGAAGAUUCUGGAUUAACUUCACCUACGGACCGCAUGACGCUUUUUGAGGAACCCCAGCAGUUCAAUGAUUCGACGACACCAGAAACGAGCGAACUGGCUGACAAAAAGUCUGUUGUCGUAUGA